GUAUAAUAUUAUUUUUAUUCCAAAUUCCCUUUUAAAUCCAACUUCAAAUUCAAUUGGUUCUAAACAUAGAAAUGAAAUUUCAUUGUAAUUCCAAUUCCUUUUCUAAUUCUGAUUCCUUUUCCAAAUCCAAAAAUAAUUGAUUCCAAACAAAGCCAAGAAAAGAAACUUAUUAUGUACUUUUAACCCGUGUUGAGGGAGCCCGAAACAGGCCUUAGAAACGAGGGUUUUUGUAAGGGGUCGGAGAACCGAAGGAGUGAAUCUUUUUGUUGAAGCAUCAGCAGAUUUCACCGAAUUGAAGAAAAAGGAUAAAAGAUGGGGCGUGGAGAGGGCUGUGCAAUUCCGAAGACUGAGAAAUUUGAAUGCAUGAAGAGCCGUGCGAUUCCUGAGCCUGAGAAAUUUGAAAACAUUGGGGUGGGCUGUGCAAUUACUAAGUCUGAGAAAUUUGAAAACAUUGGGGUGUUCUUUGGAAUUCAUGAGUAUGAGAAAUUUGAUUCCAUUGGUGGGGUGUUCACAGCAAUUCCUACGUCUCAGAAAUUUGAAUGCAUUGGGGAGCUCUGUGCAAUUCUUAAGUCUGUGUCUUUUGCAAUUCAUAAGUAUGAGGAUUGUGAAUGCAUUACGCUGCGAUUUACAAUUCCUAAGCCUGAGAAAUUUGAAUGCAUUGGGGAGGGCUGUGCAAUCCCUAAGCCUGAGAAAUAUGUUUGUCAAGAAUGGACGUAGGGCCACAAAUGCACGAUAUUAUGUGUAAUUCGUAAGAAACUACUUGAAAGCUCAAAAGACUUCCCAAAUCGUGAGAAACUACUCGAAAUCAUAAACCAAAUCGAGCGAUUCGAAAAUGUUGAACGCGAUGGAGUAAUUAUCACGCCUGAGAAAUUUGAAUGGAUUGGAGAGGGCUGUGCAAUUCCCAAGUCUGAGAAAUUUGAAUGCAUUGGGGAGGGCUGUGCAAUUCCCAUUGGGGAGGGCUGUGCAAUUCCUAAUUUUGAGAAAUUUGAAUGCCUUGAAGAAUGCACGGAGGGCCACAAAUGCAGAUUAUGUGUCAAUCAUAAGGGACUGCUUCAAAUCGUGAAUGCAAUUCGGCGAUCUGCCUAUACUGAUAUCG